AUGUUUGAACCGGAGCUCUCAGCAGCAGAGUGUAGGGAAAAGGUGGCAUCUGUUCUCCCUGAAACCUGCAUACAGUAUUUGGAAAGCAAUGAUUGGAAAGAGAGGAUUUCCAGCAUGGAUAUCCUUCAAAAGACUGUCGGUGAGUUGAAGAAAAGUGAGAUACCAUGCCAAGCCCUGGUGAGACUGCUGUCACAAGGACGCAAGGAAACAAAGCUCCAGGUGAUGGAGAAGAAACUUCACACCAUCACCUUGCUGGCCCAGAAAGGGCACUUCUCCAGAACAUCUGCUCAAAUCGUCCUGGAAAGUGUGGUGGAAAUGGUGGGAGAUGUGUUAUGCAGCAACAAUGCUCAAGGAGCCCUGACAGCCAUAGCAGAGGCAUGUUCAUUGCCUUGGACUGCAAAGACCGCUAUGUUGUUGGCCUUCUCACAGAAUAACUCCAGGAUCCAUUCCAAGUUCUUGGACUGGCUGUCAAAUGCAAUUCUGGAGUUUGGCUUUGCAGGGAUGGAGGCCAAGGAACUGGUCAAUACCCUGAAGAUCGCUCUUGCUGCUGUUCACUCAGGUGUGCAGAGAUCAGCCAUCACUUUGCUGGGGGUUAUUUACCUGUACAUGGGAGACUCACUGAAAGCACUGAUUGAGAGUGAGGAGCUGCCCCUUCUUCCCCAGAUACAUGCUGAGCUGGAGAAGCUGCAUGGACAGGUCCCACCAAUUCCCAGUCGUGCCAAUCCCAAGCCAUGCCCAGGUGACAGGGCCCAGGAGGACCCAGGGGAUCACCGAAGGACUGAAGCCAUAGACAUUGGUGACAGGAUCACACCAGAGCUGGUGUCAAAGCUGCAGGAGAAGAACUGGACCAUUCAGAGGGAGGGCCUGGAAGAGGUUGCAGGCAUCAUUCAGGAUGCCAGAUUCAUCCAGCCAAACAUAGGAGAGCUCCCAAGAGCCCUGAGGGCUUGUCUCUACAACUCGAACCCCACCCUGGUACAGAUGGCCCUGAGGGUCCUCCAGCAACUGUCCGCAGCCAUGGGUUCAAACGUCAAACAGCACAUGAAGGACUUGGGCUUUCCCCUCAUUGCUCUGUUUAGGGAAAGCAAAAGCAGCAUGAGAGCUGCUGCCCUGGCUGCUGUGAAUGCCUGGGCUGCACAGAUCAACGUAUUGGAGUGGCUGGAUGGGCAGGACAUUUCAGAAGAUCUAGGUGAAGAAAUGCCUUUACAGAAGCAAGAGCUGGUGCAGUGGCUGGCUGAACAGCUGCCAACCCUCAAGUCAGCUCCCUCGGACCUGCUUCGGUGUGUGCCUCACCUCUACUCUUCCCUGCAGGACAGCAACAGGGAUGUGCAGACAGCCUCACAGGCAGCCCUGCCUUUCUUCAUAAUGCACCUUGGCUUUGAGAAGAUGACUGAAGCCACCAGUGCGCUGAAGGCAGCUGCAAAGGACCACGUACUUGCGAUACUAGAGAAUGUCAAUGACAGUAAGUCAGCCCAGUCCACUGCUUCUGCUAAGUCACUUCCCAGACACCCUAGACUCACCACCAUGACCGCUUUCCCCUCUGUUCUAACCACACUACCUGCAGCAACAGCCUUCUCUUCACAAGCGUCAGCUAAAGAGCCAGCACCCAAAACCAGUGGAGAGGAGAAGCAGGGUCCCAAGGAGCCCAGGUCAGGAGAAGCAGUCCUGAAACACACAGGUGCAGCCAAGGGAAAUGCACAAAUGAAUUCCACCCUGAAGGAUGGGGUCAGCAAACUGGGACCUAUCUUCAUCAUUGUCCCCAAGGGGAAAGAGCAGAGAAUGAGGGAUGAGAAAGGCAGAAAAAUGCUACAGUGGAACUUCACUGCUCCCAGCGACAGGUAUGUCAAGCAGCUGAAAGCUCAGAUGAGCAGUUGUGUGUCCAGCAGCUUCCAGGUGGAAAUGUUCCACUCCAGCUUCCCGCACCACAUCAAAGCCUUGGCCAUCAUGGCCAGGCACUUAGAGACAGAGAAGGAAGGAGUUAUCAGCUGCCUGGACCUGAUCCUGAAAUGGCUCACCCUGCGUUUCUUUGACACCAACACAUGGGUGCUUAUCAAGAGCCUAGAUUACCUCAAUCUGCUGCUAACCUUGCUGAUCCAAGAAAGGUACCAGCUGAUGGACGAUGAGGCCUUUUCCUUCCUCCCAUACCUGAUCCUGAAGAUGGGGGAGCCAAGGCAAACUGUUAUUAAAUUGGUGCAUGCUGUCCUGAAGAGGAUGUGCCUGGUGUAUCCAGCUAAGAAGGUGUUUGGCUUUCUCAUGGAAGGCAUCAAGUCCAAUAACACUAAGCAGCAGGAAGGCUGCCUGGUGGAGAUGGGUUAUCUCCUUGAAACGUAUGGCCUGGAUGUAUGUUACCCAAACUCUAGCAAAGCCUUGAAGAGGAUAGCUGCCUUCCUUGGAGACCAAGACAGUGCUGUUCAUAGUGCUGCUCUAAACGUAAUGGUCACAGCUUGCAAAACUCAUGGGGAAGCCCUAUUCAAAAUGGUUAGGGAUCUUCCUGAAGAACGUGAGCAAGCAAGCAGGCUGGUCUCCAGAAAAUAUAAUCGCUUUAGACUGAAGCAUAUUAUUCGGCUAGAAACGAUCCCUGAAUUCCAAACCCUGCCUAUCUCCUCAGACACUGAUGACACAUGUCAUAACAUGACCUUCACCAUUAAUUCCCUUAUUUGUCGCAUUAACAGUGGUGAUACUGACACCAGCAUCCAGGCCUGUAACUGUGUCUUCCAGGAGACGAAACUGUCUCAGGAGGUCUCAGUGGAAGUGCUUAAGGAUGUAAUGAACAAUCUCUUUACCUUAAUGCUAGACUUCCUGGACGGAGACGUAGAGGAAGAUCGGAAGCUUGUACAGUCCAUUAAUGUCCUCAUGAAGAGGGUAUUGGAAAAAUCUGACCAGACGAGGAUUUUUUGUGCCUUGCUGAAGCUGCUCCAAGGCAGCCUGACUGCUGAGGGCAGCCCAGAUAAGUUUUCUGACCUGCUGGUCAAGUGCCUGUGGAGGACCACACGGCUUCUCCCAGGCACCAUCAGCACCAUCAACCUGGAUGAAAUCCUGCUGGAUGUCCACAUGCUCAUGAAGGCUCUCUCAAAGGAAAAACUGAGGCAGUACACAAACAAACUUCUGCUGUGGACCCUGAAAACUCUGCUGCACAACUUGUGCAAGCUGAAAGGAGUGAGGGUCCUGAACCACCUCACCCUGAUUGAGGACACAGCUGGCUCCGAGGUGGAAGCUUACCUCCGAAAGACAAUCAAUGGGGGUCCCAGGAGGGACCCUAAAGGGGAAGGAGAUGAUGCCAACCUGCCACCUGGAAAACCUGCCAUUCGCCUGCAGCAGCACCACAGCCUUGAGAGCAAGACAGCCCACGUCAGGCUCCCUGCCAGCCAGCUCCCCUCGAAGGAUGCCAAUGUCAUGCUUCUCCCUCCUUUCCAGGGCUGCACAACGGUGAUGUCCCUGGGAGCAUGA